UGAUAGCUUCACACGAGCGCGCGCGCGCGCUUGCGAGUGUGUGUGCGUGUGUUUGGGCCAGUGUCAGUAAAGUGUCAAAUCCGCGCAGCAUAUUUUGCGUGUAGCCAGCACAACCCCCGAAACAGGACCGACGACGACGGCACCGGAGAGGUGUGAGCAUUGCAUGAAUCGACGGCGAUUCCUUCGCACGCGCGCGCCUGUUGUUUCGAUCGAACCGUCAGACGGGACGCACAUAUCGGGACCCGAUUUUCCGGCCCCACCAGCAAGACACAGGUGUGUAGUGUGUGUGUGGUGGAAAACUCCGCGUUUCAUUAUCGCGUCUGUGUGUUAUUGAUCAACUUGUGUUCAUUUCCGUGCGUCCAAAUGGGCAGACGACGGGAAGCCAGCCAGCAUCUAGCAAGCUCCGCUGUGUGCUGUGUUAUUGACGUCCUUGAACAGUGCCGUGUAUAUUGUUGUGACUGUCGGUACACGGCGUAAAGUGUAAAGAACAAAUUGCCGAAAAACAGAACGGCACACACAGCGACUCGUUCGUGACUGCCCGAUUUGUGUUGGUGGAGCCAGGGUGAAGGUGAAUAGUGUUCUCUAUGCCCUGCCUGCCCGAGCGCCAUUGCCAAUUGAACCCACCGAAAUCGAUUGUUUGUUUGUGCAACUGUGACGUCUACAGAGCUGUGCUGUGAGAGGUCCGCCCUCCGCCGGCCAUUGCAGCGCAAUCCAAAACAAACACCUUCCUGCGAACCACCAAAAAAACAACAUUGCCGUCUAACCAUUACAACAAACAAUAAUAAGGAGCUACCAGGGGCCAAAAAUUCCAUCACACGGGCCUGCUCGUGUGGUGCGUCAGUGGCACAGCUCGCCCAAGUGUCCUUUUGCCCAGUGGCUGGCUGCAUCCUCCAUUCAACAUCUAUCGAAAUUUCGGUGCUUUUGCUCUCAUCUUCUUCCGAAUUGACAGUUGUGUGCCGUCAUUCGUCGUAGUGUGCAGCAGUGUUAGUGGUGUGUGUGUGCGUGUGUAUUUUUGCACGGAAGCUGUGACAAGGUGGAAGCGCGCACAAGUGUACAAGUGUGUGAGUGCACUGUGAGUGUGUGUUUGUAGUAUGAAACUCGUGCAAAAUGAAAUGAGUAUUUUAGAAGCGCUUGUGAAAGUAUUUUUGCGUUAAAUUUUGCCCUAUAGAACGGGCCUGUGUGUGUGUGUGUGUGGCCGUGAAAGCGAGAGUGUAAACGCGCCGUCGAACCGUCAACAGUGGUGCAGGUGAAUUUACCGCGUUUGCUGGUGUGUGUGUUGUGUGUUGGUGUACGAUUGUUUGUUCCGUUUUGUGCUUGUGUGUGGUGUGCGCGCUUGUGCACCAACGUUACCGGUGUGUGUGUGUGUGUGCGUGUGUAAACGAAAAGCUGCAGUAGUGUAGGUAGGUAAACAAAAGCAAAAGCCCCUGUCUCUGCUCUGUCAGCAGAUCUCAUUCGCGCCUUCUCUUUCCCGCACGGUGCGUUGGCCCCCCUAUUGGCCUGUCUUUUUUGCUCUCUGCACUGUGUGUGUGUGUGUCUUGUAUCGUCAACCGGUUUGCGAAGGGAACGGAGAAAAACACGCAUGCUUUGAUCGGGACGGGGAUCAUCAUCUCUUGCGCGGCCGUGGGGAGGAGAGCACGAAAUUUUGACGGCUGUAUGUUUAUAGAUAAAUCUGUCAGAACUUAGCGGCCACAUUUCCUGGAAGCGCUCUUCUGGACGAUCGAUCGGUAGCGGAUAAUAAUUGGCAACUUGGUUGUCGGGAAGGUGUACGCGAAAGAGAACAAGAAGCAAAAAGAUUUUUAUUCAACUUUAUAUUGAGAUUUACAUCGGCGAGCAAAAGGUGCGGAGGUGUAUCACGUAUCACGUACAUCAAUGCGACGGGAGUGAAAAAUUACAAUCCACCGAAACCAGCAAACAAAACCAAACCCCACCACCGACACGGUGUAUCCCACCUGGAACCUUUUCAUCCCUUUUAACGCUCGCGCGUGUGCGUUGUGCAAGGCAAACAACGAACCGCACACCCGGGCAACAAUGUAAAUGUCGAAUAACAUCACGUACCCGGUCUCACGCAUUCAUAGCCAAUUGCGCGUGAUUGAUGCCAGCAUAGGGACACGGUACGGUAGGGAACGGGAACGAUGAAACCGGGGAGUGCCACACCGCCGAACCUAUUAAAAGAAACAAAUUACGUACGGGAGACUACUACCCCCGUCCAGAAAACAUCACACUUGGAUCCCAUUGUGUGUGAGUGCGUAUUGCAAGCGUUGCUAGAUAGAGAGGGAUAGAGCUCAGUAGCUUAGAACUAUAGAACAAACAGAACCACUUCUAGUACAUUGACGCGAAAGGUAAUUUGUAAUCGGGCCCCCACUCUACAGUAUUUUACGGUUUGAUACUGAUUAGUGCGCGAGACCUGGCCUCUGGAAGGAAACUGGCCAGUGGAAAGAGCCUAGAAGUGGUAGUAGUUGGUCGCGGUGUGCCGUCCCAGAGCGGAGAGGUGGCGUCGCGUUAAGCGGGGCCAGUCUCAUCAUGAAAGCAUCGGAUUCCACGGUGAAGCUAUGGAGUGCCACCUCGUCACCGUCGUCCAGUACCGAACGCCUCUACCCGGCCCGGACGCCCGAGCCGUCCGUCGUGCCGGGCGGUGGGGACGACAGAAGAACGCUGUACGGUGCACCGGCAGCAGCAGCAGCACCGUACGCACAGCGACAGAACGGCGAUCGGCAGCUUCCUCCACCAGCGUCCAGUGUGGCGGGCACGGACACGGCCGGCACCCGACCGGCACACUCAGCGAGCGAACACAUCACACUAAAUCUAGCCGGCUAUUCAGCUGAUCAUCGCAGCAUGAAGAGUGCAAGCAGUGGAGGAGAUAGCAGUGGACGACCACGAACCGGUAGGUCGUCGGAUCAGCAGCAGCAACAGUACCAGCACCAGGGUGCUUCUGCCGCAACGGAAGCUACGUACGGAGUCAGUGUCGCGCCAUCGAGCACGGCGUACGGUCACAGUAGUGUAAAUAGCAAUCACAGCCUGCCCGGUACGGCGGGCUCGAAUAGCCGCAGCCGACACGGUUACGGCGGCAGUAGCUACAGUAACGGCAGCAUCGCCGGCUUCAACAUUAACGGUAGUGGUGGUGAGCGAAGUGCCUAUCUGCCUUGGUUUUCCCUGUGCUACCACGGCAAGAUGCGGAUGUUCGUGUUCCUGCUCGGCGUAUGUCUCGUCUCUGUGGUCGCGUACGCGCACUACGUGGAUAAUUCACCGAUCACUAGUCUUAUGCAUCGUGAUGCAAGGCCACCGGCGCCACAGAUCCACUGCCGGAUGCUGAACGGGAAAACCGCAAUCGAUGGUGCGCUAACGCCGGACCACCGGUCCGAGGCCCGGUUGCGCAUCGACCCGAAGGUGCUAGUCUUCGUCGAGACGACCUACACCCCGCUGGGCAAGAGCAUCACCGAGCUGCUCGUGCACAACCGUAUCAAGUACAAAGUGGAAGUGGCCGGCAAAAGCCUGCCGGUGCUAACCAACCAGGACAAGGGCCGGUACGGCGUGAUCGUGUUCGAAAACCUGGACAAGUAUCUCAACAUGGACAACUGGAACCGGCAGCUGCUGGACAAGUACUGCCGGGACUAUUCCGUCGGCAUCAUCGGGUUCGUGAGCCCGAGCGAGGAAACGCUGGUCGGUGCCCAGCUGCGCGGCUUCCCGCUGUACGUGCACACGAACCUGCGGCUGCGGGACGCUAGCCUAAACCCUGGUUCGCCCGUCCUGCGGUUAACGCGCGCCGGCGAUACGGCCUGGGGCCCGCUGCCCGGCAACGAUUGGGCCAUCUUCCAGCACAACCACAGCGGGUACGAGCCGCUCGAGUGGGCGCAAAAGAACGUAAUGGACUAUCCGACCGACGGGGUGGCUCAGCCACCGCUCGCGACCGUACUGCAGGAUCACGGCCAGCUCGAUGGCAUCCAGCGGAUACUGUUCGGGUCGGGGCUAAAGUUUUGGCUGCACCGGUUGCUGUUCCUAGACUCGCUGUCGUACCUCAGCCACGGACAGCUGAGCCUGAACCUGGAGCGACGCAUCCUGAUCGACAUCGACGAUAUUUUCGUGGGCGAAAAGGGUACGCGCCUCAAGCCGGACGAUGUGCACGCGCUGAUUGCGACGCAGAACCGGAUCGGCGAGAUGGUCCCCGGGUUCCGGUUCAAUCUGGGCUUCUCGGGCAAGUACUUCCACCACGGGACGCACGAGGAGAACCUGGGCGACGAUAUGCUGCUGCGCAACGUGGCCCAGUUCAACUGGUUCUCGCACAUGUGGAACCACCAGCAGCCGCAUCUGUACGAGAACGUGACGCAGCUAAUGAACGACAUGAUGCUGAACAAGGACUUUGCGAAGGAGCACGGCAUACCGACCGACUCGGGGUACUCCGUGUCACCGCACCAUUCGGGCGUGUAUCCGGCGCACGAGCUGCUCUACACCGCGUGGAAGAAGGUGUGGAACAUUAAGGUCACCUCGACGGAAGAGUAUCCCCAUCUGCGGCCGGCCCGGCUGCGGCGUGGCUUUAUCCACCGCAACAUUAUGGUGCUGCCCCGGCAAACGUGCGGACUGUUCACGCACACGAUCUGCAUCGACAGCUAUCCGGGCGGGCGGGACAAGCUGGACGAAUCGAUCCGGGGCGGCGAACUGUUCCAGACGAUCGUGUACAAUCCGAUCAACAUCUUCAUGACGCACAUGUCCAACUACGGCAAUGAUCGGCUGGCGCUGUACACGUUCGAGUCGGUGAUCAAGUUCCUGCGCUGCUGGACCAAUCUGAAGCUUACGUCCGUGCCGCCGCUGCAGCUCGGCGAGCUGUACUUUAAGCUGCACCCGGAAGAGCGCGAUCCGAUCUGGGGCAAUCCGGCGGACGAUCCGCGCCAUGCGAAAAUCUGGGCGGGCAACAAGCGACGAACGACGCUGCCGAAGCUGCUCGGGCUGGGGCCGCAGAAGACGGGCUCGACCGCGUUCUACACGUUCCUGAGCAUGCAUCCGGCGGUGGCGAGCAAUCUGCCGAACUCGGACACGUUCGAGGAGAUUCAGUUUUUCAACGGCAACAACUACUACCGGGGGUUGGACUGGUAUUUGAACUUUUUCCCGCUGCAACCGAACGAUACGGACGAUAAGUUUAUGUUUGAAAAGUCGGCCACCUACUUCGACGGCGAGCUGGUGCCGAAGCGGGCCCACGCGCUGUUGCCCAAGGCGCAGCUGGUUACGAUACUGAUAUCGCCCGCGAAACGAGCGUACUCGUGGUAUCAGCACAUUAAAGCGCACGGCGAUCCGAUCGCGAACAAUUACAGCUUCUAUCAGGUCAUAACUGCCUCGGAAGCGGAACCGAAGGCGCUGCGAGAUUUGCGCAACCGCUGCCUCAACCCGGGCAAGUACGCCCAGCACCUGGAACGAUGGCUCGCCUGCUACCCACCGCAGCAGCUGUACAUCAUCGACGGCGAGCAGCUCAAGACGAACCCGGUCACGGUGAUGAACGAUCUGCAGCGCUUCCUGAAGCUGCCACCGUUCGACUACAGCCGACAUCUGCGCUUCGACAAUAAGAAGGGUUUCUACUGCCAGGUGGUGUCGGACAAUCGGAACAAGUGUCUCGGCAAGUCGAAAGGUCGCCAGUAUCCGCCGAUGGACGAUCGGAGUGCAAAAAUGCUUCAAAAGUACUACCGCAUUCACAACCAAGCGCUGGUGAAGCUGCUGAAGAAGCUUGGCUCGCGACCAAUUCCCCAGUGGCUGAAGGAGGACCUAUCGGUGACGUCUUAACGAACGUAGCGACACCGGCGUGACGACGCCUAAACGAGCGCAUAUACAUACAUAUAUUCCACUACUUUUUAGCGUAAAGCAGCUGUGUGCGGGUACUAAGCGGGUAAAGUGAGGUAGUGAAUGUACAGUGGCAGCAGCACUAGUGAAAGCAUAGUAACUGUACAGCUUUGUAUAAAAAAAGUAGUAUCGACGUUGGAUCAAUGCACUGCAGGAAUGUUGUAAGAUGUUAUAAUAGAGAGAGAGAGAGAGCUCUAUUAAGUCAGUCAGUCAGUCAGUCAGUCAGAAUGUUUCCCGCUGUCCAUGAACCGCUGUGAUGUGGAGAAAGAUGUAUCAUAUUUUACGUAGUAUUACGUCGGUUCCUUCGUUUUUAGUCGUUGUGUGCGCAUACGUGUGUUAGGUUAGCCUCAUUAGGGGAAAGAGUACUGUUAAGAAGCUGCCGUUAUUGGUUUUAAAGACAUCGUGUUUCGGGUGAAAACGCAUGUUUUUUUUUUUUUUUUAUUUUGACUAUCAUUUCUUCGUCGGAGCAAUGACGUAUAAAACGGAGCAAAUUAUUAACUAUAUUUUAGAGAAGAAAAAAAUACCUCAAUCUGUUCCAAUCUUCGACAAUAGCAACCAGCAGCUGCUAGCGUGUGUAUUUAAACUGUUUGAGUUUAGUCACUGUGUCACUACAGAACCCUUAUUUGGAACUGAACAGCUCUAGCACCAAACGAAGCUCUAAAACAAGUGCAGAACCAGUACGCAGUGCGCGGUGAUGCGGCCAUCCUAGCCAUAUAAGUAUGUAAGUGAUAUUAUAUUUUGCUACUGUAUCGUUUGUUUUAACUCUUUGGUUUAACACUCCACUCGUUAGUACAACAAGGGCAGAAGAUUGUGUUACGCGACAGUUGAAAGUUGACUAAUUAUUUGUAUGCAUAUCGAAGGCCACUAAUUCGUUUAAACAAAGGUUUAAUUUAAUCGUAAACGAAAACAAACACCUCAUAGUUUAUCAAUCAAUAAGCAAAACAGAAAUAGACAGAGAGAGAGCGAGAGAAAGUGAAAGCAGGAAUCUACAACAGCCAAUACAAUACACAAUGAUGUAAUGCCAGUACUUAUAGCGAGGUAAGGUAAAGUUGCAUUGUGUUUGUUGGUGGUUUGUUUUUUUUUUCUUUCUUUUGAUUUUCAUGAUUCACACACAAAUGGUACUUAAAUUCUUUUUUUUUAUGAAUCAUGAAUAAAUUUACAUCAGUUAUGUUUUUCCCUUUUUUUCCUUUCUUAAUUUUGCCACACUGUAAGCAAUGCGCGAUAAUUGGAGCCGCUUUUCCGGAAGCGAUAAGUGUAAGGUGGGACAAAACUGUUCAAUUAUCGUUAGAGAAGAGUGUGUGAGCGAUUCUGCGUUCGUAGGGUAUAGAUACAAAGCAUACCAAAAACAAAACAAAACAGUGGGAAAACAAAAAGAAACGAUACACCCCCCAAACUAAAGCAAAUUACAAAUCGAAAUUCGAAAGCAAAUUAUUAACAUAUCGAGAAACGGAAUGAAAUAAUGGGGAAGGGAGUACAAGAAACAAACAAUAAGGUAGCGAUGCUAAAGUGAGUUCAAAUAGAACCUGGAAAAUGGGGAAUUAUAGAAGUACUGUAAAAACUGGAUGUUUUUUCCGUUAAAUAAUAAAAAAAGAUCACUCACAAUUGCCGGCAGCUCAAGAAAAUAAAUCGAAAAGAAGUGAAAUAUUUAUUUCUCCUAAAAACGUUACAAAUAAAUGCAAGAAAUACAGCAUACAGAGAGAGAGAGAGAGAGAGUAGAGAGCUUUAGCCGUUCGUCAGUCACCUUAUUCCCAGACGCGUUUCUUGGUGCAAAUACAAUAAUUGCAAGCGUUUGUAUGUAAAGCGGUACGAAAAUUACGCUGUACUUGUGCUCGCCAUCACGAGCGGUUCAGUGUGCCAGCGUGCCACCAUGUAAAGUACUAGAUAGGAUCAAAAUGAAGUGAGAGGAACGUUUGCAGCCUACAAAGGGUGAUAUUUCGUUCAAACAAGAAGGAGAGACAGAGAAAGCUAGAAAUAGGAAGCAAACGCUUUGGAUUAAAUAAAACGAGAUGCAGCUAAAAAUCAACAUCAGAUCAGUGUGAGGGCGCUUAUUAAUGCACCGUGAAAUAAUGUAAGUUACAAAAGCAAAAACAAACCGUGUACAUACAUAGGGCAUUAUCUCUGAAUUGAAAAUCCCGACACCAACAGGAAGCAAUGUGUGCAUAUACGAUGUGUAAGAUAUCGGCCUCGGCCAAACAAAACAGGUCGUUUCGCUUUGCUGGUCUAGAGAAAUGCCGAGAAAUGGUGAACCAGAUGUGCAGCUGUAGUGUGUAAUAAAGCCCAAAACAAAACCAUCAUCUUACUUGCGAGAAACUCUGUGCCCAGAAGUGGUCGAAAAAACAAGAAAAGAGUAGCAAAUCAUUAUUACAUUGUUUUCUCAAUACCGACUAACAAUGCAAUAAAACUCGUGUCACACUAUCCCGUCGCUGUCGAUUCCAUGGGACAAAAAGGCAUCAAUGCAAAUGA